CGUUCAGAUAUGAUAGUGUAGUUUCGAAAUUACAAAUUAAACGUUCUCUCUUUUCUUUUUCCACAACCAAACUCCUUCCUCUCGGUCAGUCUUUUUGUCAGACUUCAGAGCACUGAAAGAGAGAGCCCGAGCCCGAGCCGCAGAGAUGCUUCUUGGUCAGUUGCUGAGCUCGCAGCCAUGCGUUUUAACUCCUCCAUUUUCGACUCCGACUCCCACUCGCUCUAACUCGUCUUCUUCAAAGAGGAAAUCAAUGACGUGCCACUUUUGGUGGAUCCAGUCUUCUUUACAGGCACAUAAUUUUAAAUUACAAAAUGCAGGUAAGUGGGAGGCUUGUUCUCAAAGAACAUGGGAUAAGAUGGAUCCUAAUAUGCAAAUACAUUUGGGUUCUAAGUUAUGUAGGAUGGACCAGAAUGAUACUCAGGGUUACCAAGCUGAACUGAUGGUUGGAAGAUUGUCUUCAUUUUUCCUUCUUAGAUUGACACAAGUGAAUUUUGUAAAUAUCUUUGCAAAGAUGAUUCAAGACUUACUUCCCUUUGUGGUUCGGAUUUUUGGGACGAGGGGCUUGCCUUUUGCUUGUAUGUCUAAUUCCUUGAAUAAACCCACGCCUCUUAAGUUGGAUGUGUCCUUGCCUUCAUUUCAAGAUGUAAGAUGGAGCGUUGCACGGUUACUGUAUUUAUUCAACAUCCAACUUGAGAGAAAUGUUGCCACGUUCCUUGUGGUGCUCCUUGUAGCAUGCUUCUCAUUUGUCAUCAUUGGUGGUUUUCUGCUCUUCAAGCUCAGGGAUCAUACACAAUCUUUGGAAGACUGCUUAUGGGAGGCUUGGGCAUGCCUUUGUUCAUCAUCGACUCAUUUAAAACAAAGAACACGGAUUGAACGUGUUAUUGGCUUUAUUCUUGCUAUAUGGGGCAUAUUGUUUUAUUCUCGACUAUUAAGCACAAUGACAGAGCAGUUCAGAAAUAAUAUGCAAAGGCUCAGGGAAGGGGCACAAAUGCAAGUUCUGGAGAAUGAUCAUAUCAUUAUUUGUGGAGUUAACAGUCGUCUAAAUUUCAUCCUAAAGCAACUAAAUAAAUAUCAUGAGUUUGCUGUUCGCUUAGGUACUGCUACGGCGAGGAGACAGAGAAUUCUUCUUAUGUCAGAUCUUCCCAGGAAGCAGAUUGAUAAACUUGCUGACAAUUUUACCAAAGAUCUUAACCAUGUUGAUGUGCUUACAAAGAGUUGUAGCCUGAGCUUAACAAAAUCAUUUGAAAGAGCUGCUGCCAACAAAGCUCGUGCCAUUAUCAUUCUGCCAACUAAAGAAGAUAGGUAUGAAUUUAAUACUGAUGCAUUUCUAUCGGUACUAGCCCUUCAACCAAUUCCAAAGAUGGAAUCUGUUCCCACAAUUGUUGAGGUUUCAGAUUCUAAUUCAUGUGAGCUCCUAAAAUCAAUAUCAGGAUUGAAAGUAGAGCCAGUAGAAAAUGUUGCAUCCAAAUUAUUUGUUCAGUGCUCUCGGCAGAAGGGGCUCAUAAAGAUUUACAGACACUUGCUCAAUUAUCAAAAAAAUGUAUUUAAUCUCGGCAGUUUUCCUAACUUAGCAGGAAUAAAUUAUAGGCAACUAAGGCGUGGAGUUCAAGAGGCAGUUGUUUGUGGUCUUUAUAGGAAUGCAAAGAUAUACUUCCACCCAAAUGAUGAGGAAAUUCUGCAGCAAACUGACAAAGUUUUGUUCAUUGCACCUGUUCACUGGAAAAAGAAGCCCCAGAUUGCAUAUUCAAAUGUUGUCAAAGGAAAUAAAACUGGUCAAGAUUUAGAACCAGAAAAUAAUGCUGAUACUCCAGAUCAUGCGUUAGAAUUGUAUAAAUCGAGACUUGAAUUAAUUGUAAAGCGUCCCAACAAACCAGGGUCAAAGGGAUCAGACUGGAGUUUAGGACCAAAAGAAUGCAUACUUUUGGUUGGGUGGCGUUCAGAUGUUGUUGAAAUGAUUGAGGAGUAUGAUAAUUAUCUUGGACCUGGCAGUGUGGUGGAAAUAUUAUCAAAUGUACCAAUAGAUGACAGGAAGAGGGCAACCAAUGCUCUUGGUCAUGGUAAACUCAAGAAUGUCCAGGUCUCCCAUAGGAUUGGGAACCCUAUGGACUAUGAUACUUUGAAGGAAACCAUAAUAAAUAUUCAACAUACGGUGAAUAAUAGUGAAGAUAUUCCCUUCUCUAUUGUUGUUAUAUCUGAUAGAGAAUCGCUUUUUGGAGAUCCAACUAGGGCAGAUAAGCAAUCGGCAUAUUCUCUUCUUCUUGCUGAAAAUAUCUGCAGCAAACUAGGAGUGAAGGUACAUAAUCUAGUUGCCGAGAUUGUUGACUCAAAAUUGGGAAAACAAAUUACAAGAAUUAAACCAUCCCUGAUUUAUAUAGCUGCCAAGGAAGUAAUGAGCCUCGUAACAGCUCAAGUUGCGCAGAACAGUGAACUGAAUGAGGUGUGGAAAGACAUUCUUAAUGCAGAAGGUGAUGAAAUAUAUGUAAAGGAUGUUAGCCUUUACAUGAAAGAGGGGGAGAAUCCAUCAUUCUCAGAGCUGGCUGAGAGGGCACAUUUGCGGCGAGAGGUCGCCAUCGGUUAUGUAAAAGACAACAAAACGGUUAUCAAUCCCCCUGCCAAGUCGAAACCCCUAUCCCUUAACUUGACCGAUUCAUUAAUUGUCAUCUCUGAACUUGAAGGAGAACAACCCAUCAUCGGAUAAAUCUUCGUUCGUUCUUGGUUCCUGUUUCCCUUUUUGUCGUUUCAGGGUCAGCAUUGCUGCAGUGUGAAUAGGCAGUUUCAUCAUAAAAAAGUGUUCUCUAAAAUUUUGUCACUGGAGAAUGCGAGUAUUCAAGGUGUAGAUUUGCGAGAAAAGCAUUUGCUUCUUUUUAUCAUUGUAACAAUGAGGUAAACAAGAAAAGAGGUCUUGUAAAUUUCUCUUCAUUCAUGUUUCUGUGUAGGUAAAUGUAAUAUCAAAUAAUUGUCUGUGUUUUAAACAGUAUAAUUUUUUCUUCCAUUUA